GCAUUUAAAUAAUCACUCCAUCAUGUGUUCAGUGUUUCCACAUGAGGGCGGAGGCUUGGCGCGCGUGUGUGAGCGCGCGAUUUCGUGCAGUAUGCGUGUGUGUGUGUGUGUGUGUGUGUGUGUGUGUGUGUGUGUGUGUGUGUGUGUGUGUGUGUGUGUGUUUGCAGGGGUCCUUAAGUACCCUGGACAGCGCCAGGCGGCACACACGCGCUUCAGCAGCCGGAGGAACUUGGAGGAGCUCCGCAGAGCCAGCUGCUCCCCUCCGCCAGUUUUGUUCACUUUGCGAACCUUUCUACUCCAUCUGGACCUCUGUUUGUUCGGAUAACCCCUCUUCUCCAGCCGGGAAUGAAGCAGUAGAGCCGCGCCGCCCUCGGAGCACCGAGAAGAGGACUCCUCUCUCGCCCCUCCAUCCGCCUCCUGCCGCCUCCUCCUGCUGGAGCUGGAGAGAUGCCCGGGGCAGGAUGUGCUCCAGCCGCAAGAUCCUGUGGAGCCUGCUCCUUCUGUCCGUGGUGGAGGUGGGCCUGGGUGUGGCGAGCAUCGUCCUGGGGGCAGUGGGCAUCAGCUGGGUCCGGGGCCAGCACAAGCCGCAGCAGGGCGACGCGUCCCCGGUGUGGAGCGGACUCUGUUUUCUGGUCUGUGGGAUGUGCGGAGUGCUGUGUGCUCGAAAGAGGACGGGUCUUAUUAUGAUCCUGUUUUCAGCAUGCUGUAUCUGUGGGCUGAUCGGCGGCAUCCUCAACUUCCAGUUUGUUCGGGCGCUGAACAAACGACCGGACUCUAUGCACUCGAUCCAUCUGGCUGCCAUGACUCUGGCCUGUCUGGGGAUCUCCUCCUGCACAUUAUCCACGUGGCUGACCUGCCGCCUGGCCAGCUCCGAGCAGCAGAGGAUGUUCCUGGAGAGGGAACACUCGCUGCACCACUCGCACGAGAUGACUGAGAAGGAGAUCCUGGACAACUCCAGUAACGGCAUUCCCCAGAUCUCCUACAACGGACACACGGCAACAUCACCGUGAUGACAUGUUGCCAAAGGCAAACCACACGCAGACAGUUCAUGAGUCGCUUGCUGUCAGACGACAAAUACAGCAUGUACGUCUUUCUACAUAUCCUACAGCAUACACAGGAACUAUAUGACUGCAGGGAGUGAAAACAAGUCUCUCGCCUCCGAGCCCUCUUCUUCUGUUAAAGAAGGACAUUUUGAAAAACAAGAGGGAGGCAGAAGUGCUUCUGAAUAAUUAUGCAAACGUGGAAUCAAAACAGGAAGGAGAGCCGCCGUUUGGGUGACAAUUCAGGUGACAUCAUCUGCGUGACAUCAUCUGGCCUUUAAACUAAUGAGCAGGAAGGAGGGAUUGUGUCUGAUCAGAUGCCUCAAAGUGAUGAGCACAAAUCGAGCAUGCAGCUGAUUCACUUGUUUUUGAAGAGCUAUUUCAGUCUCAGUUAUACUUCUCUCUGUCUUGUUAUGGGAUUAUGGAAUGCAGCUCUUGGGAUAGCCUACAGUAAAAGUGUAUGUACCAUCUGAUAAUGGAAUGCUUUGACAUGAAAUUAUGUGCAGUGUACUGUUCUGUAUAUCCAUGCUUGUAUUUCAGGAAUCUAGGCAUACUUAUAAAUCAAACAUAUUUUUAUAAAUGCUUCUUAUAAAAGUGAAUUAAAUUAAAGUAUGACAUAUAUGACA